GGCUCCCAAGGAGCUGCUUGGUCCUCUCUUGCCUCCAAAUGAUGAUGUGUCGGUGUAUGUCGUGUACAGGCAGUUACUUCCGCGUUGCAUCUGUGUUAGGUUGUGAUUGGAAGUGGAGCUCAUUGAACUACCCACAGAAAAUGGAAAUAUAGAGGUUUAUUUAGUACCUGUUUCUCAAACUCAUUCUCGUGAGCUUCUAUUUCAUUGCAUGUAUUUGUAAGUCAGAGAAGCAGCUACAAGGUACGAGCCAAACAAAAAAGGAACAGGCUAGCUUCAUAGCUAGCUCCCUAGACAGGUGGGCUGUCAGUGGCCGCAGGAGAGUUUGGUGGAAAAUGGAUUUCGUCUGUGAAAUAGUUCAAGCUCUCGUCGCCUUAGCGGCUUUUGCUUUAAUUGUGGUUCUUGUAAUAGCCCAUUUAACUGCAAAGAUGGUGGACUUGACACGCCAUGAAAAGGAGAAAUACUUCCUUACUGCCACCGGGGAGAAGGAGCCUUUCCCCAGUCUGCAUGAUCCCCACUCCAGAGAGCUCUCUGUGGUGAUCCCAGCCUACAACGAGGAGCUCAGAAUGCCUGUGAUGCUGGAUGAAGCUAUUGAGUACUUGGAAAACAGACAGAAGCAAACCCCCUCUUUUACCUACGAGGUCAUCGUGGUUGAUGAUGGCAGCAGAGACAAAACCACAGAGGUUGCUCUAAACUACAUGAAGAAGUACAGUGCAGAAAAAGUUCGAGUGCUGACUCUGGUGAAGAACCGGGGGAAAGGAGGAGCUGUGCGGAUGGGAACUCUGAGCUCCAGAGGGAAGUUAAUUCUGAUGGCAGAUGCAGAUGGGGCCACAAAGUUUGCUGACAUUGAAAAAGUGGAGGCUGGACUUAAAGAACUUAAUCCAGGGCCGGAGAACUUGGCUAUUUCAUGUGGCUCCAGAGCUCAUCUAGAAGAAAAGUCUGUAGCUCAGAGAUCUGUGUUUCGUACAUUUCUUAUGUAUGGCUUCCACUUCCUGGUGUGGUUCUUCUGUGUGAGGGGCAUCCGGGACACACAAUGUGGUUUCAAGCUUUUCACACGAGACGCUGCUCUCAAGACCUUCUCCUCACUUCACGUAGAGCGAUGGGCCUUUGAUGUGGAGCUACUGUACAUUGCUCAGUGUUUUAAAAUCCCCAUAGCUGAGGUUGCGGUCAACUGGACUGAAAUAGAAGGGUCCAAGCUGGUCCCAUUUUGGAGUUGGCUACAGAUGGGACUGGACCUGAUUUUCAUCCGCCUGCGCUACAUUACUGGAGCCUGGAAACUGCAGCCACAAAAUAAGACUGAUUAGCCAAUCAGAGAAGCCCUUGACUAGUAGAGACAACCUAUGAUCGGACCAUGGAGCCUUUCAGUGAGCUGGGAGUACAACUGUGUAAAUCUUUCACUGUAAUCACGACUAAUGAGCAAAGAAUGCGUUUUCUUUUUCCAGACUUUGCUAUCUGAGAGGUAAUAGAACAGUUGUCGGCUCCUCGUGGUCCUGCCUUUUUAUGUGGAUGUUGGUAUGUUACUGCCAAAGUUCCAAAUGACUUUGUGUUGCCACGCCAUACAGGAAGUCUGUAUGUAUCCGUAUACUGAGUUACUUAUUGUUUAUCAUGUGUCCAACCAGCUGUAAAUGAAAUGCUUGUAGUGAAAUGUGGAGGAUCACGUCAGUGAUCGUCAUUGUCAGAGGGAGAGCGACUGUUUUGUGUGUUUUUUCAGCAGGAGGGCAUUUUGUGGAGAAUGUAAGAUGACUGUGGGUUGAUGGGCUGAAACAAAUUAAAUAAAAAGUAAAUGACAUAUUUUUAAUAACUGAUGUGAACAUACUUACUCAAGUUGCAGCGGUUGAUGAAUGACUUCUUAACGAGC